AUCUAGUAAAGUCAUGACAUAUUCUACUUCACUUGAUCAAAAAAGUAACGUCAUGACAUACAAUCCAAAGGAUGACUCUUUCAGAUAUUCAAAGGUUAUUAACUUUAACUUUGACGGUUGGCGUCUGGCGGAAAUCUACGUUGAAAGCCUAGUUUGUCCUUUAUCUGCAGAAGGGAGAAAGAAUGCAACAAAAAGGAAGGCUGGAAAAACUCAGGUGAACAACAAUUAAUCAACAAAUGACUUGAAGUGAAAGUUGCUCACUGCCGACUGCUUGAAUCAAAACUGUGAAGAAUGGCUUUUCCGAGCUCUGAAUGUUCAUCGAAGGUACUCUUACUUCGUUGUAGCUUGAACGGGUCAUGAACAAGAUGUCAUUUGUGCCGGUAGAAACAAGUACCUCAAAGAAGUUACAGAAGAAGAAACUUCAUCAGAUGAUUGAUACUAGAUCUCUAUCAGUAUGUAAGCGCAUGAGAGUUCAUGUCACCAACAAUUUUCCUGAAAAUUGUCAUCCAUCCGUUCGUCAAAACAAUGGAAACACUGUUCAACAACAUGAUGUCUUGAUUAAGCAUAAGUUGAAUGUUCCCAAAAUUUCAUCAGUUUAUUCAAGAUGUGAAUGGUUUUCAAACGGUGGACGUAUUAUAAAUGAAACUAAAUUGCCCGCUAUUUCUGAAUAUGAGCAUAUUCAGAAACGAAAACAAGUUAGAGAGACUCUCAAACGUUUUGCUGAUGAAUAUACUAAGCUUUUGCGAGAAAAGAAUGCAGAAAAACAAGCAAGACAUAUCAACAUAGAGGCUGCAAAGAUUUUGAGAAAAGAAGGAAAGUGGGUAAAUUCUGAGUGGGCCUUUGGCCAUGUUCCUGGAGUUGAAAUUGGUGAUCAAUUCCGGUUCAAGGUAGAACUUGCUAUGGUCGGACUACAUCACGAAAUUUUUAGGGGUAUCGAUUAUGUGUAUAUUAAUAGAAAAAAUGUUGCAACUUGCAUUGUUGAUUCUGGUCUAUACAAGAAUGAGACCAUAUCUUCUCAAAAGUUCAUUUAUAUAGGUCAAGGAGGGAAUCCUAGAGUAUCUGUUAAUGCGAGAGUGGAAGAUCAGAAGCUUAAAAGGGAUAAUCUUGCCUUGAAGAACUCAAUGGAUUUGGGAUAUUCUGUGAGGGUUAUUUAUGGUCGUCCAAGAGUUAAUGGUGAAAAGAUCGAUGGAAAAUACAUUUACUAUGGGUUGUACACUGUAACUAAGUGUUGGCGAGAAAGAGGUCCAACUGGAAAAUACGUUUUCAAGUUUGAACUGCAGAGGAAUCUUGGCCAACAAGAACUUACUCAGUUAGUCAAUGUCAAUCAUAUUUGUGAAAAUGUUAACAAGGCACCAAUAUCUACUAUGCAGACAAAGUUUGUUAUGGAAUAUGAUGUGUCGCAAGGGAAUGAGAAUAUACCAAUCCUCACUAUCAAUGAAAUAGAUGAUGAGAGACCCCCACCUUUCACAUACAUUACUAACAUGCAGUAUCCUGAUUGGUAUUAUAUCAUUAGGCCUCAAGGUUGCAGUUGCACAAGUAGAUGCUCGACUUUUGAUCAGUGCUCUUGUGCUUCUAAGAACGGAGGCGAGUUUCCAUUCAACCCAAGAAGCUCUAUUCUUAAAGCAAAGCCUCUUGUUCAUGAGUGUGGUCCAUAUUGCAAAUGUCCUCCAUCUUGCAAAAAUAGGGUUAGCCAACAUGGUCUUCGGUACCAUUUCGAGGUUUUCAAAACCAAAUCGAAAGGAUGGGGUUUGAGGUCAUCAGAUUAUAUUGCACCCGGAAGUUUUAUUUGUGAAUAUAUUGGAGAAUUGCUUGAUCAUAAGGAAGCCAAAAUUAGAAUGGAUUAUGAUGAGUACUUCUUUGAUGUUGGCAACUACAAUGAAUAUAUCCCCAAAAGGAAGGUUGCAAGUAGUAAAGUGGAGUCAAAUUCUUUUAAAAGGAAGGAUGAAGAUGGAUUUACUAUUGAUGCAGCAAUAUAUGGGAAUGUUGGUAGAUUUAUCAAUCAUAGUUGCUCACCAAACCUUUGUGCUCAAAAUGUCAUGUAUGACCAUGGUGAUAAAAGAGUACCUCACAUAAUGUUUUUCGCUUCCAAAAGUAUUUAUCCAUUAGAGGAGCUUACUUAUCACUACAACCACCGGAUUGUCCGUGUUCAUGAUACAAAUGGCAAUUUGAAGAGAGAGAAGGGUAAAUGUGGCUCUCAUAAAUGCAACGGGAGAAUGUAGUAAUUUACUACUUGAUGUACCGUGAGUGUAUGGUAUUUUUGAUGCAUUAUACUUGAAGUUUGUGUGCGUCUUAGGCAUUUUUGUUAUUAGAUAUGAUGGUUUUUGCCCUAAUUUUGCAGGAAAUCGGUUUGAAGCAGUUGAAGUUAAAUGUAGUUGAACCAGGAGGAAUUUGGCAACCUACGAGCUCACUCAUGAGCCGUAGGUGGGAGCCAUGGGUCAAUUGUUCAAGGAAAUCUGACCAAAGUGUGGAACCACAGAUGCUAAUGACGGAUCGUAGUCUGACUGACGGAUCGUGGAUGCUGAUCGUUGAUUAAAUCAGAGAAGAGGAGCUCCAGUACUUGAACAACGGAGAGACAGGACAGAUCGUGCAUAGACCUACGGACCGUAGGUGAUGACCGUCAAUUGAAGACUAAAAAUUUUGGCCUACUGCUGAACCACAGAGGAGACUCACGGACCGUUGGCGGAUCCAUGGUCCGUUGUUUGCUGCUAUCGAUCGAAAC